AUCGGGGCUUCAGUCGGUGCUUUUGCUUUCAGUAGAGAGCUUCCUGCUGAUCGGAGUGCUCGAGAAAUUGUUACAUGUGUAAUUAGUGUUUAAAAAUAUGAAAAGCAAAAAUAAAAAUGACGGCAAAAUCGGCAGUGAGCAGCUGAUCUUGGCCGAAAAGCCUCCCCUUGAUAAGAAAAAAUUAGCCGCUCUGGAGAAAGAGCGGCUCAAAGCCGAAAAGAAAUUGAAAAAAGGUAAAACUCUUUGCCAGGCAUGCAAAAAGAAGUGUUCCGGUGAAGUCCUCCGCGUCCAAGACAAGUACUUCCACACGCAAUGCUUCAAAUGCAAAGUGUGUGGAAACUCGUUGGCCCAAGGUGGAUUUUUCUCCAAAGAUGGUGCUUAUUUUUGUACGGCUGAUUACCAGAGGAAUUUUGGUACGAAAUGUGCCACUUGUCACGAUUACGUCGAGGGAGAGGUUGUGACGGCGCUGGGGAAGACUUACCACAAGAAGUGUUUCACGUGUGAUCGAUGCAGACAGCCGCCACCUGAUGAAAAAGUUACCUACACGGGGAAAGAGAUACUUUGCCAAAAAUGUGUUCAGAUUCCGGUUAGGGACGGGACGCCUAAAACUAGCCCCACCAAUAAUAAUGCCAAUGAAUGCGCCGGAUGCGGCAAAGAACUGAACGAAGGACAAGCUCUGGUCGCUUUAGACCAACAAUGGCACAUAUGGUGUUUCAAGUGUGGCACUUGUGGUGUCGUUUUACACGGGGAGUAUAUGGGAAGAAAUGGACAGCCUUAUUGCGAGAGGGAUUACCAAAAACAAUUCGGGAUUAAGUGUGCUUAUUGUAGCAGAUAUAUCAGUGGAAAGGUGCUUCAGGCUGGUGAUAACCACCACUUCCACCCGACUUGCGCCCGCUGCACGAAAUGCGGGGACCCUUUCGGCGACGGCGAGGAGAUGUACCUCCAAGGGGGCGCCAUUUGGCACCCGCGAUGCGGCCCCGGUCCCACCGAAAACGGCCAAAUUUUGAACGGUUCAGGUGAGCCAAACGGCCACUGCACCGACACCGACGCUUCUGUUAGAGAAUUCGACAGGAUGAGUAGUUCCGGAGUGAGCGAAAUGCAGUUCUCCAUGCGCUCUCGCACCCCUAGCUUGAACGGUUCGUUAUACAGUCCCACAAGCAUGUCUAGAAAGCAUUUCAGUUACCGAACACCAUCGCCCGGCUUGAUAUUAAGAGAACAUAACAAAUCAGCGACUCUAGCCGACGAUAUUUCCAGAAUUUACACUUAUAGUUACCUUACGGAAGAACCGACUUUAGGGUAUUUACGCAGACCGAUUGAUCCCUACGACAAAGCUCCAACUUCGCCACAUUUCCAUAGACCGACUUCCCAAAAUUCAUUAAGGGGAAGUCAAAGUGGUCGAAAAAGUCACGGUUCAAGGUCAGCAAUGAAAGUUUUAGUCGAUUCAAUUAGAAGUGAAACACCGAGGCCUAAAUCGCCGCAUAUGAAUAACGAAGAGCCAAUAGAAUUAGCCCAUUUCCCGGAUGCCAAACCGCCAAAACCCGGGGAACCACCGAAAAUCGAGAGGGACGAUUUUCCGGCACCACCCUACCCCUACACCGACCCUGAACGUCGGAAAAGAUGGUCCGAUUCGUACAAAGGUGUGCCGGACUCGGACGAGGACGAAGUUGACUCUGCCGCCCCAAAAAUCGAAGACCUGAAACUGAAGAAGGAAGAAGAAGAGCUAAGCAAAAUAUCCAGCGGCAUCGGAAAAGUGUUUCUCAAAGACGUCAAAGACCGCGAGAAAUUGCGCCAAUGGAAGGCCGCCCAUUUAGACCCGCGGAACGCCUCCAGAACACCAUCAGCGAACAAAGAACCAUCGUACAGAUUGAGAUAUGACAACCCGAUUGGUGCAAGUCCUUCGCGGAAUAUGGACCAUCCAAAACCCUUCGACGAGGACGACUAUGACCGGUCAUACAGCGGCAGGUCAUCGGUGGGACGCUCCAUAAAUUAUAACGUUGUGAGCGCUCUGCGACAUGUUCCUAAGCCGGGUUAUGGUUUGGCGCCUCGAUCUCAUACAUUCAGUUCAUCGGCGGGUAGUUAUCCGCAGAUUCCUGGUGAUUAUUCGUUUAGCGGGAUGGGUGCAAAAACCCAUAGCACUGACUUCAGUUGUGGAAAAUCUGACAUUUCCACUGGAUCCAUCACGGAUGUUGAAAGACGUGCUCUGAAUUCCGAAAUGCCCGUCUCGGCGACUUACAUGGGCGGCCUGGGGCGCUACCCGGGCGGGUACUCAUCACAAGUGCGACGGUCCCUUCCAAACAUGGCCCACACAAUGCUGAUAAACGAGCCGGCCAAAAUCUACCCUUACCACUUGCUUGUGAUCACUAAUUACAGACUGCCUUCUGAUGUCGACAGAUGUAAUCUUGAGCGACAUCUGUCGGAUGCUGAAUUCGAAGCAAUUUUCCAAGUCGCGCGGACCGAUUUUUACCGACUACCCCAAUGGCGCAGAAAUGAACUAAAACGUAGAGCUCGCUUGUUUUAAACUCUUAAUGUGCUACUAGAUGCUGCUUGAGUGCUAAAUCACCACGCUAAAGGCUGCUAUACACUGCGAUGUGUAACUUUUGGUUUUCUUUGAAUGUUCCUUUAAUUUACCGACUGGAUCAUUCUUCGCCAUAGUUUAAGUUGACAAGGUUUCUAUGAAAAGUGCUAGAGUAGCUCUCGGUUUUUUUACGGAUUUUAUUCCAUAGUAGAUAAAAACAAUAUUUUUCUACUUAUUUGAAUUUGUUAUAAUCUGUAUUUCUAUUGGUGGUAAUCUUGAAGGAUUAAACAAUUUUUAAUCAUAGGACAAAUUGGCUAUAUUCAGAGAUUGAUAUUUUUUCUAUAGGAUAAGUGUAUAAUUAAGUAGUGCUAAGAUAGUUAAAAAUUAUUUAUAAAAAAUGGCAUUUAGAUUGCUUUAAUUAUUGCUUUGGGCUAGUCGUAUAAUCUUUUGUACAAUUUGUUAGUGCUGUCAAGGACUUUGUGGUACCUUUUUAUUUCUGGUAAAUUGUUUUAAGCCUAAAUUCAUUUUCAAUGAGUGUUUCAAUUUGUUACAAGCUAUUUAUUUCUCCUAAAAUAACGAUUUUAAAGCUUUAGGUAUCUAAGAUUUGUUGAUAAUUGCUCUGAUAAAUAAAAAACUUUUAAAUAUGA